AUGCUCAGAAAACAGCUCGCACGUCCACAACUCGCUCUUGUCUCACGUCUCCCCAUCGCUCAGCCAGGACUCUCAGCUCUUCCCCGCCGCGCCCCACUUUCCCGACUUUCACCAUGCAUUUCAAUAGCAUCACGACCUGCCCUCAUCUCGGCCCGAGGAUAUGCACAGGGACCCCCUGGCGGAGGUAUGGGCGGGUUCCCCGGGUUUCAGAUGGGGCAACAGCGGCAGAAAGGUGAUGCUUUGAAGGAAUUUAGCGUCGAUCUCACAGAGCUCGCGAGGAAUGGCAAGCUCGACCCUACUAUCGGCCGCGACGAGGAGAUUCGGCGGACCAUCCAAAUCCUCUCUCGUCGCACCAAGUCGAAUCCGGUUCUCAUCGGCCCGCCUGGUGUCGGAAAGACUGCGAUCCUCGAAGGGCUUUCGCAGCGCAUUGUCGCGAAGGAAGUCCCAGAGGUAUGCUCUGUAGAUGGCUUCCUCCAAAACAAGCGCGUACUCUCGAUCGACCUCGCCGCGAUCAUGGCCGGCUCGGGGAUCCGCGGUGCGUUCGAGGAGAAGUUCAAGUCUCUCAUUAAGGACAUCGAGGACGAGGCGCGAAAUGUCAUCUGUUUCAUUGACGAGCUUCACACGCUCUUCAAUCUUGGUAAGGCUGAAGGCAGCAUCGACGCUGGUCAAAUGAUCAAACCCGCUCUCGCGCGCGGUCUCCAGCUUGUUGGCGCAACAACACCCGAUGAGUACCGCAAGACGAUCGGAAAGGACGCAGCGCUUGAGCGGCGAUUCCAGCCUGUGCAAAUUGAAGAGCCGUCAGUUGAAGCUACCAUCUCCAUCCUCCGCGGCCUCAAGCCACGCUACGAAGUCCACCACGGAGUCGGCAUUUCUGACUCCGCGCUCGUCACCGCAGCUGUCUACUCAUCACGCUACAUCUCCGACCGCUUCCUGCCAGACAAAGCGAUCGACCUCGUCGACGAGGCCGCGUCCGCGCUCCGACUCGCGCAGGAGAGCAAGCCCGACGAGCUCGAGGCGCUCGACCGCGAGAUCAUGACGCUCGAGAUCGAGCGCGAGUCACUCCGGAACGAGAACGACGUCUUCAGCGUCGAGCGGCGCGGCGCGGUCGAGGCCAAGCUCAAGCAGAGGCGUGAGGAGGCGGAGAAGCUGACCGCGGUGUGGCAAGGCGAACGCGCGCGGCUGGAGAAGAACAAGGAGCUUAAGGAGCGCCUUGAGGAGGCCAAGCGCGAGCUCGAGAUCGCGCAACGUCAGGGCCAGUACGAAAAGGCGUCGAGGUUGCGGUUCGCGACUAUCCCAGAACUCGAGCGACAGUUGCCGACGGAGAGCGAGCGGGAGAAGGUCGACGGGGAGAACGUGGAGGGUUCUUUGGCGAUGCUGCACGAUCGGGUGACGAGCGCGGACAUUGCGCGUGUUGUGGCGAAGGCGACUGGAAUCCCUGUCCAGAGCUUGCUGAAGGGAGAAAGGGAGAAACUCGUCCAUAUGGAGGACGCCCUGAGAAGGCGCGUCGUCGGCCAGGACCACGUCGUCGAGGCAGUCAGCGAUGCUGUUCGUAUCUCCCGGGCUGGUCUCCAGGCACCCAAUCGCCCGGUCGCUUCCUUCCUUUUCCUCGGUCCGACUGGUGUUGGCAAGACCGAGCUGUGCAAGGCGCUCGCAUCUUUCCUGUUCAACGAUGAGCAGCGGGGCUUAAUCAGCAUCAACAUGUCGGAGUACCACGACCGCCAUACGAUCUCUCGCCUCAUCGGUGCGGCACCCGGAUAUGUUGGGUUCGAAGAAGGGGGUCAGCUCACUGAAGCCGUCCGUCGCCGGCCUUACGCUGUGAUCCUGCUUGACGAGCUUGAGAAGGCGCACAAGGACGUCGCCAUGAUCCUCCUACAGAUCCUCGAUGAGGGCAGCAUCACCGACUCGCAGGGGCGCAAGGUCGACUUCAAGAACACAAUCGUCUGCCUCACCUCGAACAUCGGCUCCGACAUCCUUGCCCAUCCUUCCGCGUCGAAUGAAGAUGGCGUCGUGAGGCCCGAGGCACGCGACGAAGUGAUUGAGCGCACAACAGAGUACUUCCCCCCCGAGCUCCUCAACCGCCUGGACUCGAUGCUUGUUUUCAACAAGCUCUCGAAGGCGUCCAUCCUGCAGGUCGUCGACCUCCGCCUAGCGGACGUUGCUGAGCGUCUGAAGCCGCGGCGGAUUACGAUGGACGUGGACGGUGCGGCACGGGAGUGGUUGAUGAAGCACGGGUAUUCGGAGACGUACGGUGCGCGGGCGAUCGCGCGUAUUGUACGCACGGAGGUGCUCUUCCCGCUCGCACAGAAGCUGCUUCGCGGGACGAUUAGGGACGGGGACAGGGUCCGGAUCCGCGUGUCUGAGAACGCGGACACGCUUGACAUCAAGGACAAUUUCCCGACAGACCCGACGAUUGCACAGUCGACAGCACCGCUGGUUCCCACCGAGCCCGAUGCUGAUGAGGGCGUGUAG